AUGCCUGCCCCAAUCGAGAUAACAGAUCCUGUGGCGCUUGUGCGUGAGCUCCAUGCAGAUGAGAGGCUGGUGGUCCAGGACUUUGAGAAUCACGCCAGCCGGUGCCGCAACUGCGCUCACGCCGUCCAGACAUACAAGGAUGGUGGCGCACUCUGCGAGUCAGGCAACACUCGCGCCCGCACUCUUCGCAACUACAUCUUCAGCCAAAAUGGCAAGCACUUCUCUACCGUUGACUUUGAGAGUGGCAAGUCAAUCCGCGUGAGGCUGCCCGCAGAUGCCUUCGCUGCCCGCGAGCUUCUCACAGCCCUCGAGCAAGGCUUGCGUAUCCGCGAGAAGCCCAUUGUCGUCCAGGAACCAGUCGAAACCACCCAGUCCACGAGCUAUGACCGGACCUACACCGUCACAGCUCGCAAGGUCAGCAGCAAGCAGACUCGUCCUCGUUCCAUGUCCCCCGAGACUUACCAGCUCGUCGAGAGGGCCCCUCGCCUUUCUCGUUCCCCUACUUCCAUCAUGUACCGCUCGCCCGGCGGAUCUCCCAGCCGCCCAUCCUCUAGCCGUGGGUCAUUGUACGGCGCUGACCGACAAGAGCGUGUGGAGCGCCACUACGAGACCCCUCGGUGGUACGUUGACGGCUCCCCCAAGCACCGUUGA